AUGGUUCAUGCCACUGGUUCAGCCGUGUCACCCACGGUUACGCACGAAUCGAGAUCUUCCACUCCGUCACCGGACAAGAACAACGGCGCCAAUAACAGCACAAGUAACAAUAACAACAACGGCGUGGAUGCUCAGCGGCCAAAGCGGUACGAGUCGCGAAGUCCCAGCCCGACGCCCACUCGCUCCUCCGACAUCCCCCAGACCUUGGCCUUGCGCCUGAGCGAUGAUGUCCCUCGCCGUGGACGUCACCCCCGCCAUCAGUCUCCCAUGGCCUCUCGAAAGGCCAUUGUGGCACAGCCCAACCUGCCAAACUCGAGCAACGCAAGGCAUGGCUCCAACUACCGCCCGCUGACUCCGACGAGCUCGUCAAACGAGACUCUGCCGGGGUCAAAGUUCACCAAGAAGCCCCUGCUGCACGAUACGUCCAUGUACACGAAUACCCACCUGGUGCGGGACAGUGACAACACCACGCUUGAGGAGCUUGCCCACGUUGUGCGCCUCUCCAAAUACCAGGAGCGCAAGCGCGCCAACACCCGAAUCCGCCUGCAGAGGAGCCUCAUCUCCACUGCAUUGAGCGCCCGCCUGACGCGCUGCGGCGAGAUGGCCCAUCGCUACCUUGUUGAGAGCUUUCGGAAAGACGACAAGGACAACUUUGCGGCCCUGUACAAUGCCAUCCACGACGUCCGCAAGAGCUGCGAUGAGCUCCGCCGAUAUGCUCUUCUGGAGCCGGAGCUGGAAUCUCUGUCCUCCUCUGCCGCCCUGGGCUCGUCCGAGAGCCUGGACACACCCACCAACUCAACAAUUGGCGUCGUCGAUCCGCUCAAGUCCAUCACCCCGUUUUUGCAUGACAUCUCUGCUUCCGCAAGAGAGACCUUUAUCGAGUUUCUGACCCAGAUCCGAACCAACCCAGACUACCUUGCCACUCGCAUAUGUGCCCUCUCGAGCUCGGAAUUGAAUGUCUUUUUGAAUUUCCACAAAGGUUUGGAGCCGGUUGAGUCGGUUCUCCCGUUCCCCACGAGGAACCCCAACCGGCCUCAUGCAAGUGCCUCGGGACGUAGCACCUCUAAUACAGACAUCGAGAGGCUCCUUUCUUUCCAGAGACAUGACCCCCUCUCGAUCCUGAUCCAUGCUUGUUUUGCCAAUUCGGCCGGCCCGGAUAGCUCCGAGGACCAGCGACGCACCGACAUCUGGGCCACGGUCCUGGCCAGGCUGAUUGCCGAACCCAAGUCCGCCGGUGAACACUUCCUGAUUUGCGUGCUAAACAUCUGGACAGCUAUGCGCGAUUGGUCUGGUAAAUCCAACAUGGAGUGGUACCUGAUGAAGAUCCUUGAAGAUGGUGCUUUCCUGCUAGAUCGCGCAGAGGAUCAGCACGGCACUCGGUUCAACCUCUCGGACUGGAACCAGUCGGAUGAACUCGCGGCCAAGGACUUUUACGACCGCGCCGUCAACGGCUUGUUUGAGCUGGUCGACGACGAGGAUGCUACCGGUAUCCCUGAGGGCCUCCUGGAACUUGGAAAUGCCAUCCUGAGCAAGCUCGAAAACAAAUUCGUGGAGAACACCUCCAAGUGGCUCGUCUGGAGAUGCCUCUUCUUUGUCUUCCUGCUCGGCGUCAUCAUCCACCCCGAAUACUAUGGCAUGCUAGCUGAGUAUCACAUCACUCCCUAUGCCAGGGAGAAGAUCCUGAAAAAGGUUGCCAUGAAAGCCCAUGAAUACGUUUCAAGCAUGUGGAGUGGAAAGCCUUCGGCCACCUGCGUCCCCGUGAACAUCCCGCCCAAGAUCAAAGGCCACGUGGAGAACAUCCUCGCCAGGUUCCAGGGGACCCGGUCCAAGGUUCCCGCCGCUAAGCUCCUGCCGGCCAGAUCUAUCACCUCCCUCAGGGAGACUGUUGAGGUCCGCCCCUACUUGGUCAUCAGCCCUGCCGACCUGGCAACGCUGGUGAAUGCUCUCUUCCCGGAGAAGCGACCCCAUUCCGCACGUUCUGGCCCAGCCUCCAUUUCCGGGCUGUCGGCCAUCUCCCAGCCCAUCUCCAUGGCCAAUCACCACAAGAACAGCUUUGAUACGGCCUCGAUUAUCAGCACCAGUGCCUCAUCCAUCAUGAGUGACGCUACCACGUCUCGCGACUUCAUCUACGACCUCAACACUGCAACCCCGCGCUACUCUCCCCCUGCCGAGGACCCCGAGGAGCAAAGACGCCUGAGCAAGUAUGAGGAUGAUGGCUAUCGCCUCAGACUCGCCAUCCAUGAAAUGCAACAAAACCUCGGUUCAGACGUUGUUCGCGGAUCAAGCCACCCAUGCGCCGAGAGGUGGGUAGUUCUCUUCAUCUCCCCUGACGGAAAGAGCCUAUCUACACAGAUGACCUACGAUCCGGAUGACGAGCUCGAGGAUGAAGAAAACUCAUCCAGCACUGAUACCGAUGAGGAUGAGACACCGCAGCGCCCCGAGCUGGACAAGGACUAUCAUCAGCUGCGCAACUCUGUUCUGAAGCUGGUGGAAGAUUAUGAGAUUCCUCGCAGCCUGGAGCCUGAGCGUGGACGAGCGCAGCUCAGCAAUCGGGCUUCGGGUCUCAGGAAAUACACGUCACGGAACAGAAUCAUCCAGCCAGAGAAGACCGUUGCCAGCCGGAAUCCUUACCGAAAGCAAAUGGGUGUCGACGGCACAAUUUCUACUACCGACUUGACGCCGAAGGAGCCCGAAGAGUCUGAGCCCGUCUUAAUCACGAUGCUAAAGGCGGCCUCGUCUCAGUCAAAGGCUCAAGCAGACUUUGUUUCGGCACACAUGUACUGGAAGACGCUGAACCAGCUUACGGCGCUGGCAUCGAGCUCACUCAGACAGGACGGAUUCGCUGCUCUGAUCAACAUUCUAGCUAGGGGACCACGCGACGCCAUUCGCCGCUCUGCAUCUGCCAUCGAAGAGUAUGAUGCUUGGCUCGUCUGGCUGAAGCAAAGCCAAGAACGCCACGAAGGCCUGAUCGACACCAUGAUGAAGCGCGUCAAUGCCAUCCGCGACAAGAUGUGGUACGUGACCGACGUUCGCAAUUCCAAGGAAUAUGCGCACAGCCGUGACAUUUGUCAGGCUCUCAAGACCAUGGGUAUGCCGCGUCGUUGGAGCUCGUUUCAGCGGUCAAGGGCUCACAACAACCGCGGUCCUAGUUCCUCCUACCUCUACCGCACCGAAUCGCAGAUUAUGGACCUCCUGGCCGCUUCGGAGGAGCAAGGCGGGCCGAACAAGCUUAGCGAUGAUCAGGCAGAGAUGACCUCCGCGUGGCUUCACCAGUACGGGAUCGAGAACUUUUGCCAGGGAGAGGAAAGGAUCCACCGGUUCUGUUGUGAGGUGGACCGAUGCGUCAAUAAGCUGGUUGGAGAAACUAUCCGAGAGGCGCCAGUGCUCUGGUCGGGCGAUCUGUACAAACGUGACAAGCUGGUAUACGAUCGCAGCAAAGCAAGAGACCGCGAUCACUCGUGGGGUGGUGACGACUCCACGAGCAUCAUCAGCGAGCAAGAUAGGCGCCAUACGUCAUCGUCAUCUGGGCGUUCUAGUUCCUUUGCCCGCGAUCUGAGAUCCAUGACAAACAACAACACCAGCCAUCACUCUUUGGACUCGUCGAGGCAUAGCCACUCGAGGACUGGCGGAAUGCUCGCUGAUAUUCCCGAUGGGCAAGAAUACUUUGACAAGGCGUCCCCUGUCGAUUCUUCGGGCACAUUUUGGUCGCCGUUCCAACCGGCCAUGUCUACCAGCUCGGCCCCAUCGCGAUACUCGCCCACCACCAGCCUGACCAACGUGUCGACAACUUUCUCGGCUCCUCACCACACGAUUCCGUCAAUCACAAGCGUGUCCACCGGCCGACCAAGCACAGCUGCUUCAUCCAACGACACUAUUCAGCAGUAUCGCAAUGAUGAUGAAAAGACGAGAUUUUUGAACGAGCUCAAGCAAACUCUCACCAGCUUGUUGCUGUCUGAUCUGGGCAACCAAGUUCUAGCACGGGGCUCGGAGACUGACGGCUGGUUCAACAAGCUUGGUCAGCAAUGCAUCGAUAGGAAGGACGCCUUGGAGAGACGAGCUCGUCGCAAGUCUGACAAGAAGUCCAUGUCGAAAUCAGGAGUGGGUAGGCCGAGGGGUCUCGAAAAGAAGAGGAGCUUCGGAAACCUCAGGAAUCCGACCGACAAUUCUGACAGAGCGUCCGAGCCCGCCGACAACAGCCCCGUAGCUUCUCCAGAGUCUCCCAUGGCUACGAUUGAUCCACCCCCCGUCCCCAAGGAAACCUCGAAUGAAUUUCCCUUUAAGAAGGCUUACCAGCGUCUUCUGAACAUGUUCUGUGUCCAUCCCAACCCUUACGCAAAGCUGAAUGCCCUGAACGAGUUGGAACAGCUCAUCAUCGCUUCGAUGCUGUCAAGUGGUCCGAAGAGGGCGCGAUGGAACAGAUCUGAUGCAGGUUCCAGCAUCGUGGAAGAUCACGGUUCAACCUCUCGCCCCACUCCGUUGGAGGGCAUGAUUGACAAUGUCAAGGAGCGCCGACUACAAGCUAUCCAAUCCGGCCUUCCGUCGACCGGAUUUUCUUUCACAUCUCGCGGAUCCAACUCGGAGACGCGAUCUAUUGUGUCUGGUGGUGCAUCCAACUCAGACCUCAUCACCAAGGAGCUUUACACUCUCUUCCGAGACGCAUCGAUUCGACCAAAAUCCCUUUUCCGUGACUUGCAGUUCAUCGCUGCUUUUGUCCCUGCCUCGACCCUUGAUAGGCCAGAGAAGGGCAAAGCCUUCUGGAAUGCAGGACUCGCAGCGCUCAAGCUGAAAUCGGAGGUGUGCCGAACCAUGGUGGAGAUGGCAGACGAGGUGGUUGCAGCCCAUGCGCACGCUCGCCAGUCAUCUACUGAUAACGCUUCUCCCCUCGACACACCUCAGUCAACGACCGGUACUCCCCCACCCCCCUCCACCACGUAUGGACUGAACGAUGUUGGUAAAAUGUGGACCAUUACCGCUAAAGAAGGAUACCCCACGGCGCAGCGUGAGCUGGCCUUGUUCUACUUAUCUAACCCCGAAUCUGUUGAAAGAACAACGCUUCCCUUGUCCAAGCCGAGGGAGGUGUUUAAGCAAACGGUCAUGGAGAAGUAUGGCCGCACCAGAGGCGGCCUCGGCGGCUCUGGUGCUGGCGGUCUUGGCAGUGUAGGUGUUUCCUCGAGAGGCCCGGGAUCCGGAAAUGGCGGCUCUGGCGAUGGGCCGCUCUCCGGUGGCAACGAAGGUGAUGUUAGAACUGAUCCAGGUUUGAUGUGCGUCGCUGUCCACUGGAUGGAAGCGGCAGAGCAGGGUGGCGACGAGCUUGCCUCGAGCUUCCUGCGACAAAACGAGUUUAUGGGACUCAGUUGA